CAAACUGCUCAAAAAAUUUGAUUUUUCCUCAUGCCGAGUACGAUCGCUUCAACCUCCAAGACAUGGACGAAACAGAAUGUUUGAGAGAAUUUCGUGUUCGCAAACUGGACGUGCCUCGCUUGGCUGAUGCCCUUGGUCUACCAAAAAUUUUGAGCUGUCCACAGAGGACGAAAACGGGACGAAUUGAAGGACUCUGUAUACUGUUAAAGAGACUUGCUUACCCCUGCAGAUAUAGCGACCUAAUUCAUCGUUUUGGCCGUGCAGUACCCGAGUUAAGCAUGAUUUAUAACACGGUGGAGGACUGGAUAUAUCAGCAUCAUCAUGACAAAAUAACCCAGUGGAAUGAUAACCUGCUAAAUAGUAACGCUCUCCA